AUGGCCAAUGGGUUGGACAGGCUGGAGAGGCUGUUCUCCAAGCGGAAAUCUGCACCUGCCCGUGACACGACGGCGUCCAACAUAAACGGCAGUGCUCCCCCCGCUUCUGCGCAGCCAGAGCCGGACUCCCCAUUGCAGGAGACCACUUUCCCCCCUCCAUCUUUCAUAAGACCUAAGGCAAAUCGCAUGCACGCCCGUGACGAGUUCGAGCUUCCGUCGCCUAUCUCAGUCGCUCGUGCCAGCUCUUCUGAUUCUGCAAGAAACAGCCGCCGGCUCUCACAUCUCGACACACGAGAUAUGAACGACAAGAGGCGCCGAAGUGGCCCCUCGACCACUGCUGCUUUUCAUCUUCCCAGUCGGACCUCUUCAUUGCUUGCCAGGAGACACGACAGAAAACCGGGUGGACCAAUCCAGCUGCAUCUCCCUGGUGGAACAACAAGCACCGACAAGCCUACAUCUCACUCUUCUCAGUCCCCAUCUGCGGAUACAACAGCCACCAAAUCAGAAGACCAAAAGGUAGCCCAACGACAUCUCCUUGAAGCAUUGCCUAUUUAUCCAGCAGUCAAAGUCGAGACGCCUCCUGCCUCUGACCAGGAUGAGUUCAACUUUCCUUCACCGCCUUCCAGUACACGUGGACGAUUACCACCCGCCAUCCUUAGCCCAUUUACACCAGAGCCUUCACCUGAUAUGAUACCACAGCGCGACUCCGUACUAAGUGAGCCAAAGACGAGUAGCGAUCUCAGGCGUGCCUCGAUAUCCACGGUCCCAUCUAGACGAGCGACAGUGGCCACUAUCUCCAGCACUGCAUUACUGGACGACGACUGGAGAGACUCAUACAUACAUGAUCCCCAGAUCACAGCCAGCCCGAAGUCGGAAACCGUGUUCCAGGAACCUAGAGUCCAAGACUUCCUCGCUUUGACGGCUGAUGACCUGGCUGAAGUGAGGACCAAAGUGCCGUCAAAUCCACCCCUAAGGCUGCCACCUCCUCCACCAGUGCUGCCUCCGGGCAUGCGGUCUCCACCAUUCUCUCCCAGCAGACGAGGCAGCAAUAUGCUGGGCCCUCUCGCUCCAGAUGAGGUCGCUGCCUUCCAAGCAGCCCGUAUCGCCAAGAAGUACGACUUCGACUUCCUCUAUGUCGUCAAUUUCUGGCCAAAAGAAAUGCUCCACCUCCACCGCCCAAGCGAAACACUUCGACACUCCUCGAUACCCAGCACCGCGCUCUCCUCGCCCACCUCAUCCUUCUCAAAGCCGCCCUCCAUCCUCUACUCCCCGAUAUCCGAAUGCCCCACCACGAAGAACUCGACACCUCGCCACUCCCUACAGGCUCCGCCGUCUGAGGCAAGCAGCAACGACUACCACCACAUCGCAGACUGCUGUCCCGAGUCCGCUGGGCCCGGCCCGCGCACCGCCAUGGCCGGCCGCCUGCUCGCCGCCUACGGGCUCAACACGCUGGACGGGCCCUUCCGCGCAGGCACCAGGGCGCACCGCAAGAUCCUGCGCGAGGGCACAGACGGCUGGAUCGAGUACCGCAAGUCAGAUGCCCAGGACAACGAGUUCGCCCGCGGCUACGCCCGCUCCUACUACACGGCGUCCGACGAGGACGAGCAAGGGGGUUCGCCCCGGCGGGCGUCGGCCCCGGAGAGCGGCAAAAGCGCCGCGGCGUCCGCGUCCGCGUCCCGGCUGGUGACGCAGAUGGAAGGUGCGAUCUCGGUGCGCCAGUCAUUCAGUUCGGCCGUGGCAGCAGGCAAGGCGGCUGCGGGAACCAGGAAUUCCGCGCAGAAAGGAGCCCGCGUCAACCGCGGCAUCGUGUUCGCGGCGUACCGCCGGCCCAGGAGCCACGGCGGCACGGUGCACAGCAGCCGGGCGGAGCUGGACGCGCUCGAGAGGGAGGCCCAGGCGCUGGUGGACCUGGUUCUUGACUUCCACCAGGACCGCCGGAGGUGGCAGGUCUACCAGGAGGCAAGGAGGGCUUCGGCGGAUUAA